GAUGUCUCGGCAUUCAUUCCUUGAGAAGCAAGAAUCAUGAACACUAAGAUCUUCAUCCUACUCGGUCUGGCAGCUGUUGUUGCUGCCGACAGCCGUGAGAUCUUCUCUUACGGACCUCCUCGAGAUUCCUCCGAGGAGUCAUUUGAGUCGUUCGAGUCAGGAGAAGCCAAGUACGACUUCAGCUAUGCCGUUCAGCACGAAGACUCCGGCAACGACUUUGGCCACGAGGAAGCCCGUGACGGUGAACACACCCAGGGAUCCUACUACGUGAGGCUUCCCGACACCCGUCUGCAGAAUGUCAAGUACUUCGUAGACGGUGACGAUGGCUACGUGGCCGAGGUGAACUACGAGGGCGAGGCUCGUUUCCCCGACUCGUAUGAAUCUGCUUCCUUCGAGUCCAGGGAGUACAGGCCACCAAGGCCAGUCUACACCUAUGGCUCUAACGAGUCCAAGUAAAUUCUCAAAUACUUGAUCAAUGAAUCAUUAUCGUGGCCAAGGAUUUUAAUGUAAAUUAUUUAUUACAUAUUUAUUGAAUAUUGCAAUAAAAAUUUGAGUAAA